GCGCAGACGGAAGCUGUCUCAGCUGGUUUGCUAGAGUUGUCUUGUUCGCUUCGUGUAGGGAGCUUAUCCUUUGCUUCUUCAUUUCUAACACAUCUCGAACUGCAGAAUGAGUAAAUCUAGUUUUAAAUCGGUUGGCGGUGGAAGUACAGAUGGACUCGAUAAGGUUGACAUGUCUUUAGAUGAUAUUAUCCGGCUGAAUAAAAAGCAGAAUCAAUUCCAGGCCAAGAAGUCACAGCACAGACUCCCGGUGAAAGGUCGCUUCACCCAAGGGAAGAAAACUGGGCCAAGAGCCGGAGUGCCACCUAAAAGAGGAGGUGUCGUGAGCAAAAGCUUCACCCGAAACCGCAAGCUUCCUCCCACAGUGGCCAGACGUCGUGGGCAGGGGGUCAUCACUGGUUUAGCUGCGAGAAGAAAUGCUGCCCUGCUUAAAGGGAUCAGUCCACUGAACCGACCCGCCCAGAACCGACCCGCCCAGAACCGACCCCCUCAGAACAGACCCGCACAGAACCGACCCCCUCAGAACCGACCCGCCCAGAACCGACCCCCUCAGAACAGACCCGCACAGAACCGACCCGCUCAGAUCAGACCCGCUCAGAACAGACUGAUGCCCAGCGGUGCAGCUAUGAACCAGAGGUCUCAGCCAUUUGUCCAGCGACGUCAGAUGCAGAUCCAGAGGAGACCAAACAGACAGAUGGACUCUCAGAAACCCCAGGGCUCAGUUUCUUACAGACCCUUUCGGCUUCGCAGAAAAUGGAAUGCUCCGACUGCUCCGCAAACACAGAGAGAAGCACGGCAGGCCACCUUUCUCUUCAGAAGAGGACUCAAAAUUCAUGCACAAGUUCAGAAGACAAGUUUUGCUCAGCCCACACAGAGAACUCGCUCGUGGCGCACUCCUACAAACAACAGCGGCAUCCUCACCGUGUCAAUAGACAACCCCACAGCUAGAACACAGCCUGAGCCGGCUCAGUCCUGGUCCCUGCACCCCGUGACUCCAGCACGCUCCUCACCUCCUCAAGAGGAGCCGGAGAGGAAACCCCCUAAAGGUGUCGCCCUGCAGUUUGAUAUCAACAGUGUUGGCAAACAGACGGGCAUGACCCUCAACGAGCGGUUCCGCAUCCUGAAGGACCAGCGUGUGGCGGCAGCAGCACAGCAGAGCAGCAAAGGAGGCCGAUUCGUCACUGUGGCCUAGAGCUGAACUCUGAGACACUGAUCACGUGUUCUUCUGUUCCUGAUCACACACUCAACAACAGUCCUACAGGACCGAACAGGGACCUGAGCUGAACUAACACAGUUCACGACUCAUAUCGAGUAGCCCUAAUGGAGGAGACUUCCUCAGAACGUGGAUAUGCUGGUUUUCUGGAAAAGGACUUGGAAGUGACUGAUUUUCUGUUUAUUAGGUUCUUUUUCUAAAAAGCUGCCAUUCUGUCCUCACAAAGCAAGCAUUGGCUGUUGUGCCUGAGUUUCAGUUACGUUGUGUCGUCUCCUGAGCCGCCCUUGAUAUGUGACGCCGUCCUGUUUUUUUUUAUAUAUGCCUAAAGCAGUUGCAGCUAAAUGAGUUGAAACAUUCCUGGAUCGACUUUGUUUUUCAUGAAACGGUUCUUCAUGAAACACAACAUUCUUUUUGUAAGCAAAAAAAAAAAUGUUUUAAGAUGUUUUAUAUCAUUUCAAUUAAAAAAAAUACAUUGUGCAA